AUGGACGACGACCUCUUUGACGACGUGUUGCACGUCGAAAGCCGAUUUCACCAGGAAGGCUACCAGGAGGGUUUGCGCGAUGGCGCAAAACAUGGCUUAGCCGAGGGCCGCGCAUUCGGGUUGCAAAAAGGCUUUGAAAAGUGGUUAGAGAGUGGGAAGCUGGCUGGGAAAUCUAUCGUAUGGGCCAACCGCCUGCCAUCCGCAACGCAAAGCUCGGCGUCGGCGUCAUCAGGGUCCAAGCUUCCGUUGCUGCCGAACAACGUCCGGCUUGACAAGAACGUUCACACACUAUAUUCCCUGGUGGACCCAAAGACCUUGUCAAUAGACAACUCGGACGCAGCUGUUCAGGACUUUGAUGAGCGACUGAAGAAGGCGCAAGGAAAGGAACGUAUUGUCAGUCGCGUCGUCCAUGGGCCGACGAAAGAUGGACAAAGGGCCGGCUCCGUCACUUGA